AUAAUAUAUUCUAUAGAAGGUCUAUAUUAAGACAACAAAAUUAAAUUCUGCCAUGGAAGACACAACCGGUGCUAAUAGCCCCAUCCGUUUGUAUACGGAUUUCGAACCUUACUCCAUUUGGCAUAGAAAGGAAGAUGCCGAUAUUCUUGAUGUUCAUCUUAAUGGUUUUAAAAAGGAACAAGCGAAGGUUCAGAUCAACAGGGCAAGGAUCCUAACAAUCUCCGGAGAACGACCAUUAGACGACAACAAAAGCUGGAGUCGUUUUCGAAAACAAAUCAAACUGGCCGACAACACCAAAGACGACGACGUUCGUGCCAAGUUAACUCAUGGGGUUCUCUCCGUUGUGAUACCCAAGAAACCUCAGAUUCUCUCCUUCUCCGUUACUUUGCCGUCCGAUGUCCUCCAAACGGCCCAAACCCAAGACGUUUCGGCCCAACCAAAACCCGAAAAGCCAACGACGACAGCGGCGGCUGAGGAAUCACAGAAAGGAAACGACACCGUUCCGGCAUUGGAGGAUGCAGAACUGUCCGGGAUGACGCUGGGGAGCUAUAUUAUGGGGCAGAAGGAAUCGGGUGGUUGGAAGUUGACGAUGGAUAAAAAUAUGGGCAUCAAAGUUGGGGUUGUGCUAAUUGUGUUUUUGCUUGUGGUGUUUGGGUUUUUAUGUGAAAGGUUCAUGUAGAAAGCCGUUUGACCUUUCAUCUUUGUUUUAUUGGUGAUGUAAAAUGUGGGGUUCCAACUAUAUUUGGUGCAUAUAUAUGAAAUGUACGUAAACAACCUUUAUGAACGAA